AUGAGAAAUAUCAAAGUAUUACGACAAAUUGAGAGCUCUUCUCGCCUUUUCAGAGGAGCUCCUCUACAAGUUCGAAUCGGACGACCAUUGACCAAAUUCCCAUUACAUAGCAGUAGCCAUGCAUUUACCUAUAGAAAUAUCGCACCUCUUACUGCGCUUCGCACAUACGCAAGUGGACGUCCACACCCUCCAGGCGGCACGCACCGCAUGGAUAUGGGUGGUGGAGAACAAAAGUCUGCCCUAGAACAAUAUGGUGUCGAUUUGACUGCGCGAGCAAAGGAGGGAAAACUAGAUCCGGUCAUUGGUAGAGAUUCGGAAAUUAACAGAACUAUACAAGUACUAUCGCGGCGAACGAAAAACAAUCCGGUAUUGAUCGGAAGUGCAGGAACGGGAAAGACAGCUAUAUUGGAGGGCUUAGCACAACGGAUACUGGAUCUUGGACAACUUAUUGCUGGGGCGAAGUUUCGUGGUGAUUUCGAGGAACGAUUGAAGUCGGUCUUGAAAGAGGUCCAAGAAGCUCAUGGCGGCGUGAUUCUAUUUGUGGAUGAGUUGCACACGUUAUUAGGAUUAGGGAAGGCUGAAGGAAGUAUUGAUGCAAGUAACCUGUUGAAACCUGCACUAUCUCGGGGUGAAUUGCAAUGUUGCGGAGCAACCACACUCAACGAGUAUCGACUAAUCGAGAAGGAUGUCGCUCUGGCAAGACGCUUUCAGCCUAUUCAAGUCAAAGAACCGUCGAUUCAAAGUACAAUCAGUAUAUUGAGGGGCAUCAAGGAAAAGUAUGAAGUGCACCAUGGAGUUCGCAUUACAGAUGGGGCUCUGGUUGCUGCUGCUACCUACAGCAAUCGUUACAUCACAGAUCGUUUCUUACCCGACAAAGCGAUUGACCUUAUGGAUGAAGCUGCAAGUGGUCUGAGGUUACAGCAAGAGAGCAAGCCGGACGAUAUUAUGCAGCUUGACCAAAAGAUCAUGACGCUACAGAUAGAGCUCGAGAGUCUUAGAAAGGAGACAGAUAUCGCCAGCAAAGAACGACGCGAAAGGCUCGAAAAUGAUCUGAAAGAGUGUCAAAAGGAAGCGAAAUCGCUGACAGAGAAUGGAGGCAGAGAGGCACAGCGCGAGAACAAUUAUGGCCGCGCUGGAGAGCUAAGAUAUUCCGUAAUCCCAUCAUUAGAAGCAAAGUUGCCCAAAGAUGGAGAGACAGGCCCUUCAUCCGGAGGUACUUUGAUCCACGAUGCUGUCACUGCUGACGACAUUGCGGCUGUUGUAUCACGUGUCACUGGUAUUCCUGUUACAAAGUUAACUUCGGGGCACGCUGAGAAGCUUAUUCAUAUGGAAGACACUUUGAGACAGUCCGUUCGUGGUCAAGAUGAGGCACUCAGAUCGGUUGCAAAUGCGGUCCGGAUGCAACGAGCCGGCUUGAACGGCGAAAAUAGACCACUUGCAUCGUUUUUCUUUCUCGGUCCGACCGGCGUGGGAAAAACUGAGCUCUGCAAAAAGAUGGCAAAUUUUUUGUUCUCGACUGAAUCAGCUAUCGUUCGUUUUGAUAUGUCCGAAUAUCAAGAACGUCAUACAAUUAGUCGUUUGAUUGGUAGUCCCGCCGGAUAUGUUGGAUAUGAUGAUGCUGGACAACUUACUGAAGCUGUCAGAAGAAAACCUUAUGCAGUUCUUCUUUUCGACGAAUUUGAAAAAGCCCAUCGAGAUAUCUCUGCUCUCCUUUUACAAGUAUUGGACGAAGGGUUUUUGACGGAUAGUCAAGGCCACAAAGUUGAUUUCCGCAACACUUUAAUCGUCUUCACCUCCAAUUUGGGCGCAGAUAUCCUCGUUGGUCUCAACCCCUCGCAUCCAUAUAAAGAAGAGACAAAUGGUGAUAUUGCACCUUCUGUCCGCAACGCUGUAAUGGAUGUUGUGCAACAUAAUUAUAUUGUCGAUAUCCGACUCUCAGAACUCCAAAAGAGACUAGACGAUCGACGAAUCACACUUGAAGUAGAUCAAGAGGUGCGACAAUGGCUUGCUGAUAGAGGGUAUGAUCCUAGGUUUGGUGCCCGUCCGCUCAACCGACUCAUCUCCAAGGAGAUCGGCAAUGGACUGGCCGAUAAGAUCAUCCGGGGAGAAUUGAAGACUGGCGAAAAUGCGGUAGUGAAGAUUAAUGCUGAAAAGAAUGGUUUAGCUAUUGAGAGUACUGGAGCUGUGGAAGUGUAA